AUGCCCAACAUUGUUGGUGUGUGUAUUGCUCGAGGUUUGACAGGAGUUGGAGGUGGCUUCAUGGUUCCCAAUGCGAUUGCCUUGAUUGGUAUCAAUCUUCCACCGGGCAAGUCUCGAAACAUCGCCGUGGGACUCUUCGGUGCAAUGGCACCUAUCGGAGCAGCAGGUGGCAGUGUCUUUGGAGGGAUCUUUGUUCAGCUUACCCCGUGGAAGUGGCUUUUUUUCUUUUUGGCUAUACUUGGUGCUGUUGACUUCGGUAUAGUCGCUCUGGUUGUAGACUCGGAAGAACGACAAUCGAAUCUCAACGAGUCCAUGGAUUGGGUUGGUGCCUAUCUUGGUGUUACGGGUUUAAUUCUAUUCAAUUUUGUUUGGAACCAAGCUCCAUCGGUCGGCUGGCAGAACCCGUACGAAUAUGCGUUGCUUAUUGUUGCACUUGCCCAUCUGGUAGCCUUCAUUGCCUGGGAAGGCAAGUUUGCCAAAUAUCCGCUUCUUCCUCUUAAUAUCUGGACAGCGCCCUCCUUCGGCGUACUGAUGAUUGUUGCACUAUUUGCAUUCAUGGCAUUCGGUGCUCUGAUCUGGUACCUGACACUCUGGUUCUUGACCAUCCGCAACUGGUCUCUAUUGCUGGCUGCCGCUGGUGUUACACCAUUGACAGUUCUAGGUGCGGUAGCAGCAGUCUUGUCAUCAUGGCUUGUUCCGCGACUUGCAUCUCAGUACAUUCUGGCAAUUGGUGCCCUCUGCAUUAUCGUUUCGACGACCCUUGUAGCAACCAUGCCUGCCCAACAGUCAUACUGGCCACAAGCGUUCCCGGCAGCUAUUCUCAUGGCAUUCUGCCCCGAUUUCAUAUUCACUGCAGCUCAGAUCGUUGCCAGUAACUCUGUUGGCAAAGAUAAGCAGGGAAUUGCGGGCUCCUUGAUCGGUACUAUUAUGACAUAUGGCAUGAGUAUCGGACUUGGUUUUGCAGGUACCGUUGAGAAGUAUACUAUGCUUCACAAUACAGACACGGUGCAAGGCUAUCGAAAUGCCCUCUAUCUGGCUAUUGGCAUGGGUGUUGCGGCCUUGGUUCUUGAUCUUCUCUUUGUGCGGGUAGCAGCCGAGAUCAAGGAAGGCUGGGAUGACGAACAGACGAGCGAGUUUUAG